CGGGCUCUCGCAGUGGCUCAACCCCUCCUCCUCCUCCUCCUCCUCCUCCUCCAAAGAUGUCGCAUGAGCUUCUCCUCUCACCGCGGCGUCUCUUUUCUUUUCUUUUUCUCCCGGUGCCCUUAACAGUUAACCUAAUUCUGUCAAAUUAGCAGCUCUGACCGCCGGGAGCAGCUAGCCCUGGUCUCGGAGCGCGGACUGCCCCCCCUCCCCACAAACGGAGGUGUUUAAACCCUCAACCCGGCGCAUCCUCUCUCUCUCCCCGUCUCUCUCUCUCUGUCUCUCUCUCUCUCCUCCACCGCCGCAGAACUCCGCCGACCGACCGUCAGGUGACCGCGCGGAGCGGAAUAUUCAUCAGCACCGUCGUCGUCUUUUCAUCCCUCCACUCCUUCAGGGCAACCGGAGCUGGCGCAGCCCCGGCCCCCCCCCCCCUCUGUGUACUCUCAUCCGGUCUGGGACAUUCUCCGCUCCACGCAAACGCAGAUUAACGGGGAUUCUGCCUCCCCGCCCGCGCGCUGAUGCUGAUGUCCUUGAGCUCGGCCUGCACGGUCCUGGUGGUGCAGCAGUAGCUACCUCUGAACUGGAUCCGCUUCCUGUCUCUGAUUUAUCAGCCGCCUUUGCCUUGCUCGCCCCUCUCUCCAUCCGUCCAUCAUCCCUCCAUCCCCGUCUGUAAGUCUGUCAACCCGUCCGUCCAUCUGUCCAUGGACUGGCCGUGACCCUGGAGGGAGGGGGACAGAAACGAGGAAAGAGCGGAGUCGCAGAGGAGACGACGGAAAAGAAAGCUGGAUUCAUUCAGACGUCAGGCUUCUCAAGGGCCCCUGCUUGCUGUCCUUGAUACCCCUCACCCUCCUCUGCCUGUUAUGGAGAAUUAAAGGAGCAGCGGGAGGCUAGGCCAAGAUAGUCAGGAGAAAAAAUAGAAACGUCCCCUCAUCGCCCUUAAAUGAAAUUAAAAAAGGGGUUACGUGUAUCAUCAUAAUUGCACAUUUUUUAAGUAAGAGAUCAAAACAAGAUUCUUAUUAUUGAGCACAUGAACAACUCUCCACCAACCAAACGAAAGGGGAACUGAAUUGAGGACAGAGCGCAGAGAGAGCGGAGGACCAAAACAGAGAAAAACCUUACUGACAUGUCAACAACAGCCACUAUGGGGGAAAUGGCAAACAGUGCAGUGGAGUUUUAUCCCAAAGGGACACGAGGCGGAGGAGGAAGGGCAGAUGGCAGCCAUGCAGGGGGAGACUUUGGGGUCACAGUGACAGAGCUCAGGGAGCUGAUGGAGCUCCGAGGGAACGAUGCCCUGCAGAAGAUCCAGGACAGCUACGGAAGCACAGAAGGACUCUGCCAGAGACUACAGUCCAGCACUACUGAUGGUCUCAGUGGGGACCCGACAGACCUGGAGCGUCGAUGCCAAACGUUCGGCCAAAACUUCAUCCCCCCGAAGAAGCCGAAGACUUUCCUGGAGCUGGUGUGGGAGGCCUUACAGGACGUCACACUCAUCAUCUUGGAGGCCGCUGCAAUCAUCUCCCUCGGCCUCUCUUUCUACCAGCCUCCGGGAAAGGACACCGAAUCGUGUGGGAAUGUGGCGGCGUCUGCAGAGGAUGAGGGUGAAGGUGGUGACACUGGCUGGAUUGAGGGCGCCGCCAUCCUGCUGUCUGUCGUGUGUGUCGUCCUGGUGACGGCGUUUAAUGACUGGUCCAAAGAGAAGCAGUUCCGGGGUCUGCAGAGUCGGAUUGACAAACAGAAAUUUACUGUUGUGCGUAAAGGAAACGUCAUCCAGAUCCCUGUGGCGGACAUGGUGGUGGGGGACAUGGCGCAGGUCAAAUACGGGGAUCUGCUGCCAGCUGAUGGUAUCUUGGUCCAAGGCAACGAUCUGAAGAUAGAUGAGAGCUCCCUCACAGGAGAGUCCGACCACGUACGCAAGUCUGUGGAUAAGGACCCUAUGCUGCUCUCAGGUACCCAUGUGAUGGAGGGCUCGGGCAGGAUGCUGGUGACAGCUGUGGGUGUAAACUCGCAGACGGGCAUCAUUUUCACCCUGCUGGGAGCUGGAGAGAUGGAGGAAGACGGGAAGGAGAAGAAAGGAAAACAACCUGAUGGAGCUGUGGAGAACAAUCAGAACAAAGCCAAGAAGCAGGACGGGGGUGUUGCCAUGGAAAUGCAGCCCCUGAAAAGUGCAGAAGGAGGGGAGGUGGAGGACAGAGAGAAGAAGAAGACCAAUGUUCCGAAGAAAGAGAAUGUGCUUCAGGGCAAACUCACCAAACUCGCUGUUCAGAUUGGCAAAGCAGGUUUGGUGAUGUCGGCCAUCACCGUCAUCAUCCUGGUGUUGUACUUUGUCAUCAACACGUUUGUCGUUGAAGGUCGCACGUGGUUGACAGAGUGCACUCCGGUCUACAUCCAGUAUUUUGUCAAAUUCUUCAUCAUUGGAGUCACUGUGCUGGUGGUGGCUGUCCCAGAAGGCUUACCUCUCGCUGUCACCAUAUCUCUGGCUUACUCUGUCAAGAAAAUGAUGAAGGACAACAACCUUGUACGCCACCUGGAUGCUUGCGAGACCAUGGGCAACGCCACGGCCAUCUGCUCCGACAAGACGGGCACCCUCACCACCAACCGCAUGACUGUUGUGCAGACUUACGUCGGUGAUGUUCACCACCGUGUGAUCCCGGACCCUGGACAGAUCAACCCUCGGACACUAGAUCUGUUAGUCAAUGCUAUCGCUAUCAACAGCGCCUACACCUCCAAGAUCUUACCGCCUGAUGUGGAGGGCGGUCUGGCAAAGCAGGUGGGCAACAAGACAGAGUGUGGCCUGCUGGGAUUCGUAUUAGACCUACAGCAGGACUACAGCCCCGUCAGAGAGCAGAUCCCUGAGGAGAGACUGUACAAGGUGUAUACGUUCAACUCAGUGCGCAAAUCCAUGAGCACGGUGAUCAAGCUGCCUGAUGGUUCCUUCCGCCUCUACAGCAAAGGAGCCUCUGAGAUCAUGCUGAAGAAGUGUUCCUAUAUCCUAGACGCCAAUGGUGAAUCGCGCACUUUCCGCCCACGUGACAGAGAUGAGAUGGUCAAACAGGUGAUUGAGCCAAUGGCGUGUGAGGGGUUGAGGACUAUCUGCAUUGCAUACCGCGACCUGCCGUCUAAUCCGGAGCCAGAGUGGGACAAUGAAGCAGAGAUCGUGACGGAGUUGACCUGCAUCACUGUGGUUGGGAUAGAGGACCCUGUGCGGCCUGAGGUGCCCGAAGCCAUCCGUAAGUGUCAGCGUGCAGGCAUCACGGUACGGAUGGUGACUGGCGAUAACAUUAACACAGCAAGGGCCAUCGCUGCCAAAUGUGGCAUCAUCCACCCUGGGGAUGACUUUAUCUGUCUAGAGGGCAAAGACUUCAACCGACGAAUCAGGAAUGAGAAAGGAGAGAUUGAACAGGAACGUAUCGACAAAAUCUGGCCCAAACUUCGCGUCUUGGCUCGAUCCUCGCCAACCGACAAACACACACUGGUCAAAGGCAUCAUCGACAGCAGCAUUAUCGAACAGAGGCAGGUUGUUGCAGUAACAGGAGAUGGAACCAAUGACGGACCAGCUUUGAAGAAGGCUGAUGUGGGCUUUGCCAUGGGUAUUGCGGGGACAGACGUGGCUAAAGAGGCAUCUGACAUCAUCCUGACUGAUGACAACUUCAGCAGCAUUGUCAAGGCGGUGAUGUGGGGACGAAAUGUCUACGAUAGCAUCUCCAAGUUCCUGCAGUUCCAGCUCACGGUCAAUGUAGUGGCUGUCAUAGUGGCCUUCACCGGGGCCUGCAUCACUCAGGACUCUCCUCUGAAGGCGGUGCAGAUGCUGUGGGUGAAUCUCAUCAUGGACACGUUUGCUUCUCUGGCCCUGGCCACCGAGCCCCCUACUGAAGCCCUGUUGCUACGGAAACCUUACGGUCGGAACAACCCGCUCAUCUCACUGACCAUGAUGAAGAACAUCCUGGGCCAUGGAGUGUACCAGCUGGUCAUCAUCUUCACCUUACUGUUCAUAGGCGAGCGCAUGUUUAACAUCGACAGCGGCCGCAACGCUCCGCUCCACUCCCCUCCCUCUGAGCACUACACCAUCAUCUUCAACACCUUCGUCCUCAUGCAGCUUUUCAACGAGAUCAACGCUCGCAAAAUCCACGGAGAGAGAAAUGUCUUUGACGGCAUAUUUUCCAACCCAAUCUUCUGUACUAUCGUUGUGGGGACGUUUGCUGUGCAGAUCGUGAUUGUGCAGUGGGGAGGGCAGCCCUUCAGCUGUGCCCCUCUCAAUGUGGAGCAGUGGCUCUGGUGUCUGUUCGUGGGAGUUGGAGAGCUCCUCUGGGGGCAGGUGAUUGCCACCGUGCCAACAGAGCGGCUGCCAUGCCUGAAGGAGGCGGGGCUGGGCCUGGAGCCUGGGGAGGAGGAAGGGGAGGAGCUGGCAGAGGACGAGGAGGAGAUCGACUGUGCCGAGAGAGAGCUGCGCCGUGGACAGAUCCUAUGGUUUAGAGGCCUCAACCGCAUCCAGACUCAGAUGCGAGUGGUGAAAGCAUUCCGUAGUUCGCUGUACGAGGGCCGGGAGAAACCGGAAUCCCGCAACUCCAUCCACAACUUCAUGGCCCAUCCGGAGUUCCUCAUCAACGACCUCAUCCACAACAUCCCGCUGAUCGACGACACUGACGUGGACGACGAAUCAGAGCUCAGCAGAUACCAGCACCUGCACCCGGCCCUCCGCAAGCCGCCGCCCCCUCCCACCCAGCCCCAGCCCCCAACCCGCUCCCGCCCCACCCGCCCCUACCGCCAGUACAGCCUCCCGGUGACCCCAUGCAACCGAAACAACAACAACAACAGCAGCAGCAGCAGCAGCAUCAGUUCAACAGUCACCCACAGCAACAAGAACAGCACCAACGCAGUUCCCCCCAGCAACCCGAGCCCCCAUCACCAUCACCACCACCAACACCACUACAACCAUCAUGGCAGGGACAGGCCAGUGAAACCCUCUGCCCCUCACCUGGCCCAUCUCUACUGCGUGGAGACCUCCUUAUAACUGAGCUGAACGUGGGGCGUGGGGGGGGGGGGCAUAGGAGAGGGCUGAGGACUCACACAUGACAUUUACAUUUAAUCUCCCUUACAACAAGCUAACAGGAGGGAGCGAAAGACGGGGGGAGGUACCAGAGGGAGUGGACAAUGGCUGGAGACUUCUGCUCGCGACUCCCUGAGAACAUUGCGACUUUCCCUCCUUUUGCCCUUGCUCCAGCCCUCUCAGUCUCACCCUCGAACCCACCGCCCUCGUCUGUUGCCCUCCCACGAAGAACCACCCCGCCUGACUGCACGCACACUUGUCACACACAUGCACAGGUCUGCUCUCGCUGCGUUUUUUCCUGAGCGAUGGUGGGUUGGGCAGAGAGGAGGAUGGACAUUCGAGAAAAAAAAACAAAAAAAAACCACAUCCUUCAACGCUUCAGCAGGCAGAGCCAUGUCAGGGCCAGAGGCUGACUCGCUCUGUUUCUAUUGGUGUUCAUCAUUAGUGUUGUUGUCAUAACCCACUACCUACCUGCCAUGGCACCGUAGUCCCCACCGCCAUCAUUUAUUUAUCUAGAAAAUACAGCCACUUUAAAAUUUGCUUGCAAUAUAAGUAAAACGCUUUGUCAAAGCUUUAAACUAGACUUUAAUUCCAUCCUCCGAUUUAUGUACUUCUCAACAUAA